CAAAUCGUGUAAUCGUCACGUUAGCGUAUCGUUCGAUCGACGUUAUUAUUGUGUUGCUGGAUCAACGUGCAUCGAUUUUACAGACAGCGACUUCGGAGGAAUUUUUAUUGCUGCAAUAAAUUUAACUUUUUUCCCCUCUUCGUCAAACACUGUUGGAUACAAAUAACAAUUCCAAGCAGGCGAAUCAGGUAGUCGGCGAACGUAUCUCGUCGAGCCUUACCCCUCCUACCAACAGCUCUUGCUAACGGGAUGGCGCAAAACGAUGACGCGACAUCUCAGGAGAAGUCCGAUUCGCUGCCGUUUCUACAGUUCACUAACAAAGGCAUCCGAUUGAACUUCGCUGGAUACCACGCCGAAGCUGGCCUCGGCGGUCUCCUGCGAGGCGCUGGAACAGGCGGAGGACUUCACGCAAGCGUGGGUACCCCGUGGGGCGCACACGCAGGUGCUGGAUUAGGUGGUCAACUGAGCGGAGAAGAUGCCUCCGUCGGCGGCGGACUGUACGCUCGCGCCGGUCUUGGCAACGGGAGGCCGGAGGCUGCAGCCGGCAUUGGUGGGAAAUUGGACGGCAGCGGACGAUCGUUGAACCCGAUCUCGGGCGGCAUGUACGCAGGUGCAACCCCGGGCGGCGGUCUUGGAACCGGCGUGUAUCUCGGCGGAGGUGUCGCCAAAGACGGUGGUAUUGAGUAUGCGGCUUCGAGCAACGUGCCCACCGAUACGUUUGGCGAGUAUCCCCAAGCAAGUGGCUCGACGGCAAGGAAAGAAUCGACCGCGGAUGCGAACGAGAGUGAAACGAAGCCGCCAACGAGGGGCCACACGAACAUACAGAUCAUACCGUCGAAAUCGAGGAAGGAGAAAGAGAAAGUGGCGCUCGAAGCUGCCGCGGUGCCAGCUGAUGCGCCUGCAGCCGGAAAAGCCAAAUCGAAAAGCAACGAGGUACGACGUGCUAUACCAUACGUACCUCCUGCGGCACAAUUCGACGUGGCCGGAUCGUUUUCGGUGGAUAAGGUUGUACCAGCUGUCACAGUUGUGAAGUCCGUCGAGAAAAACGUCAUAGUUCCCGCUUCUCCGCUCCUUGUUCCCGUGCAAGGUGCGGCUCAAGCCGACGUUAACACCAAUGUGGCUACAACAGACAACAAUGCCAGCACAAUUACAAGAAUCGCGUACCCUCGCUGGUAUUUUAGAAAGAGAUUCUGGCCCGCGCCCAGGAAAACAGUCUACGUUGCACCGGCGGAUGCUCAAGGCGCGUCUUCCAAUAUAAGCGGUGGAUUUGCCGUCAACUCGGAUGGAAAUGACGGCAUAGUCGUCGCGAGCAAAACUUACAGCGGAUCGCUGUUCGACGACAUCUUUAACAUCCCAAUCUCUACCCUGGCGGCUGUUAAUCAACUGCUGAAUAACUUUGGCUAAAGUACGGAAACACCAUCAACAAUGAAAUCACGGGAUAAUACUCCCGUUGAAAGAUCGAUCGAUCGAUCUUUUUUUCUUUUUGAGAAUUCUCAGAUAUAUUUAACGAACUUUCGUCCUUCAUUUCAGCCGUUUUCGUUUAUUUUGCAGUCUCACCUACUCACGAAUGCCGGACAUGCGCGACGUCCAAUUUUACGAUUUCCCAUACGUGAUUAGAUUACUAGUGAUUUCGUGCGCAAUAGUUUUUCUUUGUCCUAUUAAUUCAAGGAGAACACGUUAAUGAAGCUUAAUAUAAAAUAAUUUCCCGACAUUAAUUUUUGUUUUUUAUAUAAUAUAUAUGUAUAUUUCUACUUUUCUACGAA